GAGAGAGAGAGAGAGAGCGUGUGUGACGGCGGGAAGCAGCGAUGUCCUUGAUGCGUUUGAGAAUCAGAAGUGCCUGCCAAUCUUUGCGUCUUCGUCAACUAUGUACAUCCACAUCCAAAUCCGAUACCACCCACCACUUCCUAAUUUCUACCUUCAACAGAGACACAUUCCUACAACACUUGUUCUCCAUCCCAAUAAUCCAUCAAACACUCUCUCUGGGAUCCAAACCCACCUCACUCCUCACACCCACACUCCGUUUGUUCCAUCCCAAGGAUCUCAACAUUUCUCAAUAUCUCAACCCCUUUUUUCUCCUUCACCCCAAUGGCUAUCCCCAUUCCAGUCACACCCCUAUUCUCACCUAUAACCCUUCCACCCAACAAACACUAACUCUUCCCCUUGAUCCUCAUUCACUCACUCCUGAUACAGAUACCACUACUUUGUCCGUUGAUACACAUUUUGGCUUCGACCCUUUAACCAAAACCCACAAAGUGUUACGACUUAAAUGGACAGUUGCUAUUCCAGAACCAUAUCCUAGAGUUACUCAAAUGGUGUGCACGGUUUUGACACUAGGCUGCAGCAGCAACGGUUCGUGGAGAAAGGUAAAGAUAAACCCUGAGCUGCCUUUUCAUUCUGUCAAGUAUAUGAGUGUUGGGAAGAGUGUGUGUAUUAAUGGUGUAAUACAUUGGCUACCACAGUAUGGGAAUUCUAUUGUGGCUUUUGAUCUUAAAGACGAGGAAUUUAGACUAAUCCCACGUCCCCAUGACUACAAAGCUCAAAACUUUAUACUGCCACUUAAUCGAUUAAUUGAACUUGGUGGAUGCUUGGCUUUGGUAGCUGACAAAUACAAAUAUGGUAAUCGCGAUGAUGAUCCCAUUUUGCAGUUGUGGAUACUAAAGGAUUACCACAAUCAUGUAUGGGUUAAGGAGGAAUUUUAUGUUCCAUUUUAUUGGGGGGAUUGGGAACUUUUUCCUAUUGGGACUGUUCCCUCUGGGGAGAUAAUACUUAAGGCGCUUAAUUAUACUCGCGGGGUGAUGUUCUAUGAUAUGGAGGGACAAGAUUUCAAGGUGGUUGAUAUAACUGGCUUACCUGAAUGGGUUUAUUCACGUUGUUCUGGAAUUAACACAACCGUUUCUGUUUAUGAGGGCUAGUGAAGGUCUAGGAAAUGGCCUCAAAUUUGAGAUUUGCAUGAGAGCAGCAGAGGGUUGAGUAUGAUGGAGCGUUCUAUGUAAAAGGCCCGUUUGAUAUAAUAUGGUGUUGUUUGUGUCGUUGCAAUGGGGAAUCAGUGGACCACCUUCCUCUUCAUUUUCCAAAAUGGGAUGCAUAUACCCUUCAGAGUAAGUGAUGAACAACAGCUCCAACCAUUAUUGUGGAUGCCUAAUAAUGAAAGUUGGCAUAUGAUUUUUCCCAAGGGCCCAAAUUUGCUUCCCCAUAGGCAUUUGGAGUGCUCUGCAACUUCCCCCUAAUGGAGUUAUUCUGGCUACUUUGGCACAUGUAAAAAUUUCAAGAUUCCUAAUUUUGGGCAAGAAAAUAGCAUGCUAAAUCAGUUAACUUACUCUGCUUCUUUGAGGCUACUUUUGACUUCUAAGUGUCUUUCCAAAAAUGAACUUGGUAAAAUAUGAUGUGAUUUCCUUAUUACAUUUCAGAACAAUUUUGCAAUGUAAUCUAACUUGAUCUUUUUUAA